GGAAACACGUACACUCUAAUUUCAGCCAAUCAGCGACAGACACGACCGGAGUGGCUGUACCAAAUACGCCUGCCUAAAGUUGCAAUCCGUUCUGCAAGUUUGUACGUAUAACAACGACCUAUACCCAGGUCUUUCAGUGAUGGCUGGUGUCUUGCUACUUCUGUUGACAUACGUAGCUUUUUCAUUCGCUCUCUAUUCCCCUGGUGAUGAUGUUAUCGAGCUGACACCACAGAACUUCCAUUCAAAAGUAAUAGAAGGAGAUGAACUGUGGAUAAUUGAAUUCUAUGCUCCAUGGUGUGGCCAUUGUAAAGCUCUUGCCCCAGAAUGGAAAAAAGCAGCUACUGCUCUCAAGGGUAUUGUGAGGGUAGGGGCAGUCAAUGCUGAUGAGCACGGUGGAUUGGGAUCCCAGUAUGGGGUGACUGGUUUUCCAACCAUCAAGUUCUUUGGUGAAGACAAGUUUAAGCCUACUGACUACUCAAGCCAGCGUACAGCAAGUGCCAUUGUGGACUUUGCUAUUUCACAGGCCAGAAGUGUAGCUUCAUCUCGUCUGUCAGGGAAGAAGUCCAGUGGAGGGAGCAAAAGCAGUGGUGGAAAUACAGGAGAUCCCAAAGAUGUAGUUGAAAUUACUGACAGUAAUUUUGAGGAAGAGGUGCUGAACUAUGAUGGCAUGGUCCUUGUAGAGUUUUAUGCUCCCUGGUGUGGCCAUUGCAAGAACUUGGCUCCUCACUGGGCUCAAGCAGCAACAGACCUUAAAGGAAAGGUCAAAGUGUGUGCUAUUGAUGCAACUGUCAACACAGUUAUGUCAAACCGGUAUGGGAUUCGAGGAUUCCCUACCAUCAAAAUGUUCCCAGCAGGCAAAAAGGAUGGUGAAGCAGAAGAUUAUGAUGGAGGACGAACUGCAUCGGAUAUUGUACAGUGGGCCUUGGAUAAACUUGCAGAAAACGUUCCCCCACCAGAGCUAAAGGAGAUUGUGAGCAGCACAGACCUGCAGGACAACUGUGAAGGUCGCCAGCUUUGUAUAAUCUCUGUGCUCCCUCAGCUUUUGGAUUGCCAGUCAAAAUGCCGAAAUGACUACCUAGACAUUCUUCGAACUUUAGGAGAAAAAUUUAAGAAAAACUUGUGGGGGUGGCUUUGGACUGAGGCUGGGGCCCAAUCUGAGCUUGAGGAAUCGCUGGACAUUGGAGGAUCAGGCUACCCAGCUUUAGCAGCUGUAAAUUUGAAAAAGAUGAAGUACUCUCCACUCAGAGGUCCUUUCAGUGAGAAAGGCAUUCACGAAUUUUUGAGGGAUCUCUCUUAUGGAAAAGGCUCCACAGCACCUUUGAGGAGUGCAAAACUUCCCAAAUUAAAUGCUCGGGAACCAUGGGAUGGCAAAGAUGCUGAGAUGCCAGAAGAGGAAGACAUUGAUUUGAGUGAUAUUGACUUCGAUGAUGAGUCGAAGGAUGAAUUGUGAUGAGCAGAAGUUAACCAUUUAGCUCUCAUCUUCAAGGGAGAACUAUUCAUGAAUUCAGUUGUACUGACAUUUCACAUUUGUGUAUAUACUGGCAUACCACUGUUUCAUAUUUUUGUCUGGGAGAGUAGUGAGUUGGUUGGAAGUUUAUCUGGCUAUGAGAGAUAAAUGUCAUGAGUGCUAGCAAAUCCAUCCCAAUUUCUCAGAAACUUACACGUUAUCAUGAGCAUUAUGUGUAUGGAAGAAUAAAUUAUAAAUUUUUGGCAUGAAAAUGACAUGAAAUUAAAAGCAUUUUUGUUUUCUGUACAA